CCAGGGUUUUUGGGACGUAACGUCUGGUUUUGGGAUCUCCGCACACUGUGAGAUAGACAUCCUCGGCGGGCCGAACUCAAGUCGACCAUACCAGCAGGAUUGUCAGCAAGGUCACACGUGGGCAGAGGACGCUACGGACACAGACGGUAUACUACCAGGGCAUGCAGGCACCGGUGCACCACAACCACACCAAUCCGAACACUUCACACGGACCGUUGAUUUGGGCCCACUUUCGUUGAUUGUUUUAUAUUCAUCUAGUAAGGGAACGACGUACGUUGAAACCAUGAACGCCAGCGACAUCAUCACUGGAGCAAGGUACGCACUGACGGGGAUUGCCGCGGUGGCCACGGUGGAGAAUCUCUUGGUGUUAGUGGUGUUUGCUUGUACCAGCCGUCUCAGAAUGAAGUACUACGGCUUCCUCAUCAACCUGACGUUGGCUGACCUGUUUUACGCCGUCAUGGCCAUCGCAUUCACUUGGGGAGGAUCUGAAAUUCUCUUCUCUAUCUUCAUCUCGGGCUACUUUGUCGGCGUUUGGACGAUCCUUGCCGAAGGCAUCAACCGCUACCUGGCUGUGUCCUUUGUGGACACGGCUCGCUACGACGUGUUGGUCACCAGGAACCGCUUGGUGGCAGUUUGCGUCCUCAUUUGGGUCGUCUCAGUCGCGAUCCAUGUCCUGCUGGCUAUCCUGCCGGACUCUGACUUUGAAUCCAACUUUGACGGAGUGAUCAAGCCAGUGACUGUGUUCGUCUUUUGGCUGAUAACCGCCGUUCUUUACAUCGUCGUUUUCCGUAAGAUCAAGGGUUACACUACUCGUCUCGAAUCCAGCCCGUCAUUGGAGACAUCAUGCAUCGAAGAGCAGGUCAGCACCCGAGUGCGUCAGACCCGCCGCUUGCUGGUCACUUUCACUCUGAUUCUAAUCACGUCAUUCAUCUGCUGGAUGCCGUUAAGCGUGAUGAAUAUGGUGGCCCACAUUCACAGAGAUUUGGAGUAUCAAAAUGCAGUCUUCUGGCUCACUGGAACGGUCUACUGUGUGGCACCGAUGAUCAACCCUUGGAUCUACUGGAUGCUGGUGCCUGGUUUCAGAGAGGGAUCACGCCAAAUGUUCUGCAGGUGUUUCAAUCGUGAGGUUCCUGCAGGCGAUGAGACUGUCUUAGAAACUGGCAUGUAAAAGAACAUUAAAUUGUGGUAUACGUAGUUGACAAAAGAGUUUCCAAUACUAUACUUUGAUUUAAAGGUUUACGCUGUUGUUAUCGUCAGUUGUAAUAUUUGAAGGUUUUGCAUAUUUAGUAGCCCCGUAAAUGUGGCCUUUUUGCUGGACUACCUAGGCCACACUUCCACAUGUACAAAAACGUGUCCAACUGUGUCAAAUUUUGUUUUUCACAUUUAGGCUUAGUUUGUACAGUUUUUUGCUGUAGAAGCAUACUCAUCCUCUUUAUAGGCUAAUCAGAAAGUGCUGCCUUUUUCAGAUG